AUACUCGAUGAGAAAGCUGUCCGUCGCUCUGUGAACAAAACAAGCAUGGAAAACUGCGUAGCGCGAGACACCAUUACGAAAACGAAAGACGAAAUUAAAGACGAAACACAAUCCACUACGAAAUCCACCAAAGUCAAAAUAGUAUGGACAAAUGUAAUAUUCAUGAUAAUACUCCAUGUCAUGGGAGUAUAUGGAAUGCUUCUUCUGCCAAAAUUGAAAUUCCUAACUAUGACAUGGGURCUAUUCUGCUAUAUAUACGGAGGGAUUGGCGUCACCAUGGGGGCUCACAGRCUYUGGGCACAUCGUAGCUAUAAAGCUAUGUGGCCUCUAAGGCUUAUACUGAUGCUUGCAAAUAGUAUGGCAGCACAAAAUGACAUUUUUGAAUGGGCACGUGAUCAUCGCGUGCAUCACAAAUAUGCUGAGACAGAUGCGGAUCCCCAUAAUGCAAAUCGCGGKUUUUUCUUCGCUCACAUGGGUUGGUUACUUCAAAAGAAACAUCCUGACGUCAUAACUAAGGGAAAAGGACUGGACCUGAGUGAUUUGUAUGCAGAUAAGAUUGUGAUGUUUCAGAGAAGAUACUUCAAGACCAUUUCGUUCACAAUGUGCGUCGUCGUUCCGACAGCAGUCCCAUAUCUCUGGGGUGAAAGUUUAUGGCUUGCGUAUUUCACAGCGUUUGCCUCGCGUUACGUCUGGCUUCUUCACGCAACGUGGUCCGUUAACAGUUUUGCGCACAUGUUUGGUGACAAACCCUAUGACGUCAAUAUCAACCCAGCAGAGAACAACCUGGUGACGUUUUUCAGCUGCGGCGAGGGUUUCCAUAACUAYCAUCACACUUUCCCCCAGGACUACUCGACCAGCGAAUUCGGUACAAAGUCCAAUGUAACAACAAGGAUUAUCAAUUUCUUUGCGUGGAUUGGUUGGGCAUAUGACAGGAAGACAAUACCGAAAGAUGUCAUUAUAAAGAGAAUGCAAAGGACUGGAAAGCUGAGAAGUGUAGAGCCUGGGCACGAACAAUUACAAUGAAUAUAMAUUGCAUUUCCAUUAGAUAUGAUGGAAAUUUGAGCUUGUCAAAAUCAAAAUUGCAAAAUCGUCGUAUUCCUUUAUUUAGAAAGACAUUGAACUGACAUAUCAAAGAGUUGCUAUUUUUAUGCACCUCUGUYACUAAUUUAUGUGAAAAUGUGGACUCAAAGCAAAUUGCAAAAUUCGUGUAUAUUUAUAAUGUCAGCAGCACAAAAACUAUUUUAAAUAAUAUGAGCUGCAUUAAAACUUUCCUCUCGAGCGUGACGUUGAAAACAUCAGUAAUUGGUUUAGGUUAGUCGCGCCAUUCAUGCUUCGUGAAUAAGKUAGACCUCUAGGCUUACAUUGAGAGAAUAUACACUCAAGUACGUCGAUAAAUUCAUAAUAAAAUGCUUAGAAAACUUGCGAUUUUAUAGAAUAACAAUUGAAAAACAACAAAGAUAAAUAAUAUAUACAAAUGGUAGUUCAUUAUAAACCCUUUUGCAUUUAAUGGAAAAGGACUACAAUAUGCAUUAUUGAUUAAAGUUGAAAUUCUCCUUAAGGUUAUCCACAUAAUAUUCAGUCUUGAUGCCGGGAAUGAAUAUUGAUGCUGCUGCAGACGCUCAUGCAUAACAAGAACUCUGCACGUUUGUACACAAGUCUUUACUUUUAACGUAAUAGCAUAAUAGCAACCUGUAGUUCAGGUAAGAAUAAUUUCCUUGACAUAAAAUAACUCUUAGGAUACUUGAAUAUUGAAUUCAAAGGGUUGUUUUUAAGCAAUGAUAAAUAAUCCUUCUUAUAUAACA